AUGGAAAGCUUCCUUGACGACCCCUUCCUCUUCAAACGUGGCACCCUCUACUCAGAGGAUAUGCGCCGCCAAUCCGACCGACUGCGGAUGUCAGAACCUAGGUGUCCAUUCCGAAGCUGCAGCCCGUCUCCUCCUUCUACCAGUUACACUUAUACACAAGAAAACGAAAACCGUCAUUCAUACACUACAGAAGUGCGUGUCCCGCCUUCUCAUCCCAGUCGUCAUGGUUUCGCGCAAGAAAAGGAAAACCGCCGUCCAUACACUACAGAGUCACGUACCUCGACCUCGUCUCCCUGUGGUCCUGAGUACUACCCCAAGCAGCCUCGUACACGAACAAAUCAGAAAUAUUGGGCAGAGGAUAGAGCACCAAACGACAAGUACGAGUACGCGUCUGUGGAGUUCAUACAGACGUCAUGGGGGGCAUCGUAUACGUAUUCCUACGAGUGCUCUGCUGACCCACCUACACCACCUCAUUCACCGCGUACAGGAACAAACACUUCAAGCAACAGGUCGCGACAAGCACAUUACACGACUGAAGGACGCCGAUCACGUAGUGUUUCCCCCAAGCCGCGACGACAGCGUAAAAGUUCUGGUUCUCACCAGUAUCCUCGCUCACCGCCGUCGAAACCCUAUUCCUCGUAUCGUGAGUUUCCUCUUGCGCCUGAAGGUAUUCAGCCUCGCACAGAUCUUUACACUGUACUCGAAAUUUUCCGCAACGCUACGACUGACGAUAUCAAGAAGGCAUAUCGCGCUCUGAGCCUGAAGUGGCACCCUGAUCGCUGUAAGAGCGAGGAUCGCGCAAAGGCCACGAGAAAAAUGGCCGAGAUCAACCAAGCAAAGGAGAUCUUGUGCGACAAGGGAAAGCGAGAGUACUAUGAUCACUCCGGUUUGAUAUACAGUGACUUGUAG